AAUAUCUUUGUAUUUCUCUCUAUAUCCUUUCUUUCUUAUGACUCAUUCAUCUUUAUGAUUAAUAUUCCAUUGGUGAAUGUCGUAAUGUCAUGGUUUAAGGAUGACUUUUUAAGAAGUAAUUAUUGCUAAUAGUUCUAAAUACUGAUGCCUCUGGCUGGAGAGAUAGGGGAAGCACUUUAAAAAAAAAAUCUGCUUUUAAAUGGAUCACCUUUAUCUUGAAAUCUGUUCUUCCAAAAGAAACAAUCAUUAUUAUUGUUAUAAUUAUAUAUUUACUUAACAUAAAUAAUUUAUACACUUUAUAUUAAUAGCAGUAAUAUAGAAUAAUAAGAACAAAUUUAACGUGCUCCCCCGUUCCUCUUUAAGAUGCCAGGAAAUAGUUUAACAAAAUUUGGUACGAAGGUGGUGCUUCACCAUCCACCAACUUCUCUGCUGUGCUGCUGGAUUCGUCCUGCCAUCUGUUGACAGAUCUUCGACGCUGCUCGGAUGGGGUGGGCACUUGGUCUCGCUGGUGUUCUGCACCUGAGACCUGCUUCUUUUGGUGCUUCCUCCAGGCCCUCCAAGAUCUUGGGAGAAGCCCGCACAUCUCUGUCGCCGCUCUUGGUCCCGGCUGCAGUUAGUUGUUCACCCACCCGCUCAGGGGCCCACGGCUCCCAGGCUCAGGUGCUGGGAGCCGACUGGGCGCUAGGGAUCUAAGGCCGCCCCGCCUGCGCACGGUGAUGCCGGGAUUGGGGGCGGGAGCGCCGCCUCAGUCUCUGGAGCACUCGCUCGCUCACUGCUCCCGCCCUCCUCCCCGCCCCAAGCCCUCUCCUGCCUCAGCUUUGCAAGCACCGCACUGCAGAUGCCUGCCAGCUGCCUCGUGCUCGGCAGUGCCCGCGGUGCUCUUCAGGGUCCCUUGACCCCUGAGCGCCUGCCACACUCUCGCUGCUCCCAAGAGAACCUAGGCUAGGUGGUCUUACUAAGCCCCCGCGCGUGGAGCCGCUACGCCGGCGGGGCAGUGGGGACCCAGGCGGAGGCUGGCUGCAUCUGAGCCCGGGGAGCUCUCAGAUGCGGCAGGACAAGCUCACCGGCUCCCUGAGGCGCGGAGGAAGAUGCCUGAAGCGCCAGGGUGGUGGUGGUGGCGGCGGCGGUGGCGGCGUGGGCACCAUCCUGAGCAAUGUGCUCAAGAAGCGCAGCUGCAUUUCCCGGACCGCGCCCCGGCUGCUCUGCACCCUGGAGCCCGGAGUUGACACGAAGUUGAAGUUCACUCUUGAGCCAUCUCUAGGUCAAAAUGGUUUUCAGCAGUGGUAUGAUGCUCUCAAGGCAGUUGCCAGACUUUCAACAGGAAUACCAAAGGAAUGGAGGAGAAAGGUUUGGUUGACCUUGGCAGAUCAUUAUUUGCACAGUAUAGCCAUUGACUGGGACAAAACCAUGCGCUUCACUUUCAAUGAAAGGAGUAAUCCCGAUGAUGACUCCAUGGGGAUUCAGAUAGUCAAGGAUCUUCACCGCACAGGCUGCAGUUCUUACUGUGGCCAGGAGGCUGAGCAGGACAGGGUUGUGUUGAAGCGGGUUCUGCUGGCCUACGCCCGAUGGAACAAGAAUGUUGGAUAUUGCCAAGGCUUUAACAUCCUGGCUGCACUAAUCCUGGAAGUGGUGGAAGGCAACGAAGGGGAUGCUCUGAAAAUUAUGAUUUACCUUAUUGACAAGGUACUUCCUGAAAGCUAUUUUGUCAACAAUCUCCGGGCCCUGUCUGUAGAUAUGGCUGUCUUCCGAGACCUCUUGAGACUCAAGCUACCUGAAUUAUCUCAGCACCUGGAUACCCUUCAGAGGACUGCAAACAAGGAAAGUGGAGGUGGAUAUGAGCCUCCACUUACCAAUGUCUUCACGAUGCAGUGGUUUCUGACUCUCUUCGCGACGUGCCUCCCUAACCAAACAGUUUUGAAGAUUUGGGAUUCAGUCUUCUUUGAAGGUUCAGAAAUCAUCCUAAGGGUGUCGCUGGCCAUCUGGGCGAAACUGGGAGAGCAGAUAGAAUGUUGUGAAACAGCAGAUGAAUUCUACAGCACCAUGGGGCGCCUUACUCAGGAGAUGCUGGAGAAUGAUCUUCUGGAAAGCCAUGAACUCAUGCAGACGGUUUACUCUAUGGCUCCAUUCCCUUUCCCGCAACUGGCCGAGCUGAGGGAAAAAUAUACUUACAACAUUACGCCAUUCCCAGCCGCAGUUAAACCCACCUCAGUUUCUGGACGACACAGUAAGGUUAGAGACAGCGAUGAGGAGAAUGACCCAGACGAUGAAGAUGCCAUUGCUAAUGCUGUGGGGUGUCUCGGACCUUUCAGUGGGCUCCUGGCACCUGAACUGCAGAAGUACCAAAAGCAGAUUAAAGAACCAAAUGGGGACCAGAGUCUGAGAGCCAAUAACAUUGCAGAGUUGAGUCCAGGAGCGAUUAAUUCCUGCCGAAGUGAAUACCACGCAGCAUUUAACAGUAUGAUGAUGGAACGCAUGACCACAGAUAUCAACGCCCUGAAGCGGCAAUAUUCUCGGAUUAAAAAGAAGCAGCAGCAGCAGGCUCAUCAGGUGUAUAUCAGGGCAGGCUCUAAAGAAGAAAAAGACUGUGGGUUCUUUUUAGGUCCCAAGGACCAGGCAAUUAAUGACAAAGGGCCAGUGACCAGCAUUCUCCCGUCUCAGGUAAACAACUCUCCAGUUAUAAACCACCUUCUUUUAGGCAAGAAGAUGAAACUGUCCAACAGAGCUGCCAAGAACGCCGUCAUCCACAUUCCUGGUCACACAGGGGGCAAAGUCUCUCCUGUCCCCUACGAAGACCUUAGGGCCAAGCUCAAUUCUCCGUGGCGAACUCACAUCCGGGUCCACAAAAAGAACAUGACGAGGACCAGGAGUCAGCUGGGCUGCGGGGACACUAUCGGGCUGAUAGAAGAGCAGAACGACGGCAAGACGCACAACCCCGGGGCUGCGGAAGCCUUUGCCUCCAGUUGCUCGGUGACAGCGGGAAGGGAAGGCGGCGGCUCCGAUGGCGGCUCCGGGAGGACCCCGCAAGAGCAGUCUCCGGAGCCGGGGCUUGGGGAGGCCGAUGCCGAUGUGUCUGAUGUCCAAGUGAAGCUGGAAGCCUUGGAACUGAACCCUAGGGAUGCUGCUGCUGAAACUGAGCCCAAGGGGCACCUGCCCUGCCUGAGACCCUUCCCAGGGCCACCAGAUACACCCGGAGGAAGCAAGGCCACCGGCAAGUCUCCCCCAGGCAGCCACCCCAAAGCGCCCAUCUUCAGCCCCUUUCCCAGCGUCAAGCCACUGCGGAAGUCAGCCACUGCCAGGAAUUUGGGACUCUAUGGUCCUACUGAAAGAACCCCAACCGUGCACUUUCCUCGCAUGAGCAGGAGCUUCAGCAAGUCCAGCGGUGGAAACAGCGGCACUAAGAAACGGUGACGUGUCUCAGAAACAGCGUAGGGACAUGCACCUCUCCACCGUGGUUGGAAGGGUUCCGGCUGCUUGGCUCCGAAAGAGCUUCAGCUGCCCAAUGAAAAUGAAUAGAUGGGUUCAGAGAUGAGCAACAGUCCAUAGCGGUGGGAAUUGGAACUUUUAUAAUGGGACCUAGAGUAGGGAUGUCUUCCCACCGACUGAUCACCGAUACAGUGGCAGAAUAAAUAAUGUGGCUUUAAAGUGUGAAGUUUUUCCAGCUUUUCAUUGUGAGCUGUUUAGAAACAACUUUGUGUGUAGACUGUUAACCCCUCUUCCUUCCUCCUGUUCUGAGGGCCUUUCAGGGCCUUCUCCCCCAUACCUUCCAGUUCUCUGGGUGUUUUUAAACUCAAGCAUGCAGACACUAGCUUGCUAGAACAGAAACUAAAGAGAAAGUAAGUUUCUUAGUUGCAAAAAUCGUUCCUAUUUCCCUCUUAAUGUCCUAUUGGGAGCAAUGUUUGUGUAUUUCCUUGAGGAAUUUCUUUCAGCCAGUCUCAAAACUUUUUCUUUUUUUUAUUCUUAUGCUAUAGUGCAGGAGAAAAAUCUAGAUAGCCUUUCUUUCACUGCGCAAUGAAGAAAGCCUUUCUCUGUUGAAAUGUAGGUUGAUCACUGAUUUGAAGGUCUUAUGCAGAGGACACAAAUGGGAUAUGCACUAAGCAGUUGCUCUGAACAGCUUGCUGAUUCCACUAAGCUUUGCCUGAGGUUCAUGUUCUCCUUUGAAGGAGAGUUUGGGUCCUCCGUGGUGGGAUGGCUCGAUGGGCUCUUGUCCAGCUCCCUCCAUCAAGCUGCUCAUUCACCUACCAGCUCUCCACAGCAGGUGCCGGAGGCUUCUGCUCAAGAGCCAGAUCAUGGCACCCACAACUCUGUUACUUGAAUUUUGUGCUUUUUGGAGGUUAGAGUACUUUGGUACUUGAAUACUGCCUUUCCUUGGAGAAGGCCCCAGUGCUUUCUAGCUCUCUCUCACCCACUCCUCCCUUGGUCCCAGUGGGUCAGAGACAGCACCUGUUAUCUCUACUAUGCAGAUGGGAACUCUGAGCCACACAGAGGUGACGUAGCACUUCAGAUACUCAAGGUAAAUACUCCUGGUACUCAAUGCGACUCAGCCGCAUUCCCUCUAGUGCAAUAGGCACAUUGCAUGCUCUUUGUACGCAGAUGCAUUGGCUGCAGAGGUUCUAGAAACCAAGACUGGGAAGCCAUUCACUGCUCUCCCUCCUGACUCAAAGGACUCUUCUCCCGAUGGCACAAAGUCAUAUGAUGGCAUUUCACAAAACCAGCUCUGACCUUACUUGAAAAGGUAGUUCAUUUAAAAAAUGCUUCAUGUAGCCAUCCCUUUGGCUGGACAAAGGCUUCUUCCUCGAUCCUCUUCUCAUACCAUCAUUAGAAGAAUAGCCUCUGUAUCUUUAUCCUUCUCUCUGGAAGAUGGUAGCCAGGCCUGCGUGCAUCUUGUUGAUGUAGUCAAUAUUCAUUUGAGCUAUUUGAACUGUUAAUUCUGACACCAAAGCUGUAGUUUUAGGAAGGAUUUUACAAGGAGAGGUACUAAGAUUUUUUUUUUUUUAAUAAUAAAAUAGAGAAUGUGGCCCUAUGGGCUUUUUCAAACAGGAAACACAAGAAUGAUAUGUACAAUGAGAGGAGUUAUCCCUUUUGUAGAUGGAAUCUGAAGACGGAAAAUAUGACUAAUAAGCUAUUACAGUUUUGGGCUUGAAUUCUGUGCCAUCCAAAGUUAGCAUGCAGCUUCUUAAAAAGCAACCGCGCCCACAGCCUGUGUCUUGGGAAGGGUGUAGGUGGGGAGUUGGGAUUACUUUGCAUACCUCCCUCCAACACCCCCGGGGACAAGACGCAUUGCAUUUUCCAAAGUUAAGCAAAUGACAUAAUUUUCUUCCAUCUGCUGAACUUUACAGAUAAGAAUGAUUCCACCUUAUAUUCUUUUCUCCUCCCUCAUCCCAAGUGAGUCACGCUCCCCUUGAGGGAUGUCUGACUUGAAUAGAGAACUCUUCUUUCCUGCCUUGAGUCAGCUCCCAGCUUCCAGAGGGUCUGGGUUCAGGGAAGUGAGUAUUGGGAUAGAAGCCACUUAACUCCAGUUCUUAGGCUUGUGCAUCGCUGUCCACCAAUGCUCUGUGGGUUCGUAGCAUACGUUGUACCCGUUUCCCCAUGUGGGUCUUCCCGAGAAAGGGAUGGUUGAGAUGGCACGUGAUUUGGGAUAAAUAUUUGUUGAAGGAAUGAAUACAUUACUGCAAGGACAAUAGUCCUUUGAGGUAAAAAUGACCUUGUCAGGAUUGAAAAAACCUGUUUCUAGCGCUCUGUACCGUUCAAGUGCAUGCGUUGUACCACGUAAUCACCAUGUGAAUUGGUCAAUUUAUGAGCUUUGCCUACUUUAGAAAACAAAGAAUCUGCCGUAGCCUCUAGCACACAGCAUGUACGAAGACCCGUAUGGACUUUGAUCUUUGUCUGUAUUGGACACUCUAUGCCAGCACCAGAAGUACCCACCAAGUAGCAGUUUCUUUCUUUUUAGGUAAUGUCUGUACCCUGUCAGCACUUAUGCCGGGAGUCAAGACUGCAACUCUGUCCUCAUACAAAGGCCUCCAGAUAACUUAAACCUAGUUUGUAAUGUCAAUCAAUGGGGCUGAAACUGGAAUCUUGUAUUCCCCCUUUUAUUGGUCUCUCUUGUUCUAAAGAACUGUGUUGAUUAUAAAGAUAUAUGCAUAAAGAUUCU